ACAGUGAUGCUUCUUCUUUUCGGCUCUUCAUAUCUCUCGGCCUCCAAGCGAGCAGCGCUCCUACAGCAGAUUCAAGCCCUCUGCGCAGACAUAAUCUCUGUCGAUGCGAACUACGUGCAUCUUAUUUCAUGCAAGUCGGAGACAUCUGAGUUGGAGCUUAAUGACCUCUCAUCGUCUUCGCGCCGCGUCUUGGACACGCUACUGGCUUAUGGCGACGACAUCAGGCUUCCUGGCACGACAGAGGCCUUCAACUCACGAUGCAACAUCUCGUUCGUGCUACCGAGAGCUGGAUCCAUCUCACCGUGGUCUAGCAAGGCUACGGAUAUUGCCCGCAUCUGCAAUCUUGGAGAUCAUAUCGACAGACUCGAGCGCGGUGUUGCCUUCGUCCUAAAGACGUCUUCAGGACGUUCUAUCACUGAGGAAGAAGUGCAACAUCUCUUCUACCUUAUCCAUGAUCGCAUGACACAAACUAUUUGUCUCUCGGUUCCCCAGGAGGAUGUGAUCUUCGAGCACAAGCACAUCAGUCCGCUGCGCGUUGUGGACCUCCAGAGCCAAGACUCUGUCGGUACUUCUUCUCGGGAACGUUUGAUCGCCGCCAACAAGGAACUCGGCCUCGCAUUAUCGCUAGAUGAGAUAGACUACCUCAUCGACGCGUUUGUUUCUGGUUCCUCACCCAUCAAUCGUAAUCCCACGGAUGCCGAGCUGUUCAUGUUCGCUCAGGUCAACUCCGAACACUGUCGUCACAAGAUCUUCAAUGCGUCAUGGGAGAUUGACGGCAGGAAACAGGAGACAUCUCUCUUCCAGAUGAUUCGGAACACGGAAAAACUGAACCCUACUAGUACCAUCUCUGCUUACUCCGACAACGCUGCCGUUUUCGAAGGUCACUCUGCACCCCGGUUUGGCGCCACUAACUCCAGACCAGAUGCGGCGAAUCCCAACGCACCGAAUCUGUAUCAGUCGCACAUCGAGGAUAUGCCCAUUCUCGUCAAGGUCGAGACCCAUAACCACCCAACGGCCGUCUCGCCGUACCCGGGAGCAGCCACCGGCUCUGGCGGUGAGAUCCGUGACGAGGGCGCUGUCGGUCGAGGAUCAAAGCCAAAAGCCGGUCUGUCGGGCUUCACGGUCUCCAACCUGCUUAUACCCGGUUUUGAGCAGCCCUGGGAGACAGACUUCGGCAAGCCACCGCACAUCUCUUCCGCCCUCGACAUCAUGAUCGAUGGACCACUGGGCGCGAGCGCAUUUAACAAUGAGUUCGGUCGCCCAGCUCUCGCGGGCUACUUCCGUACUUUCUCAGAGAGCGUUCCCAUUAGCGAAGACGGUGUUCGCGAAGUUCGCGGGUACCACAAGCCCAUCAUGAUUGCCGGUGGUCUCGGUAACGUCCGCCCACCAUUUGCGAAGAAGUCGAGAAUCUCGCCCGGUGCCAAGGUCGUCGUACUCGGAGGACCUGGGAUGCUAAUCGGUCUUGGAGGUGGUGCCGCUAGCAGCCAGGUCUCUGGAGCGAGCUCCGCGGAGCUGGACUUUGCCAGUGUGCAGCGCGACAACGCCGAGAUGCAAAGGCGCUGUCAGCAGGUCAUCGACGCGUGUGUCAACCUUGGCGAUGCCAGUCCGGUCCAGUCCAUUCACGACGUUGGUGCUGGUGGCCUCUCGAACGCUCUUCCAGAACUUGUCCACGAUUCUGACCUCGGCGCCACCUUCGAAAUUCGCGAUGUCCUUGUCGCGGACUCGGGCAUGUCCCCCAUGGAGAUCUGGUGCAACGAAAGCCAGGAGCGCUACGUUCUCGCGAUAUCGCCUGAGAGCGAAACCCAGUUUAGGGCCCUUGCGGAACGCGAACGGUGCCCUUUCUCUAUCGUCGGUGUUGCGACGGCCGAGGAAGAACUCGUCGUCACGGACCGCCUGCUCAAACAGGAUGUCAUUCGUCUUAAGAUGUCCACCUUGUUUGGCAAGCCUCCGCAGAUGCACCGCACUGACAACACUCGUUCAAUUGCUGGCGUGCCCUUUGAUGCCACACUGAGCAAGUACCUACCCUCUACUCGCGAGCGUCUAGCAGUCGCCAUCGACCGUGUCCUCCACUUACCUUCCGUCGGUUCGAAAUCGUUCUUGAUCACUAUUGGUGACCGCACUAUCACCGGUCUUGUGACUCGGGACCAAAUGGUCGGCCCAUGGCAGGUGCCCGUCGCAGACGUCGCCGUCACUCGCACGUCUUACGGCUUCGAUGUUAAGAGCGGCGAGGCCAUGGCGAUGGGCGAACGCACCCCUGUUGCGUUGCUAAAUCCUGCCGGCUCCGCCCGAAUGGCCGUUGCCGAAUCUCUGACAAACCUCAUCGCUGCCAACAUCGGUGAUCUCGAUCGCGUGAAGCUCAGCGCAAACUGGAUGUGUGCUGCCUCGAAGGCGGGAGAGGGCGCGGCGCUGUACGAAGCUGUCAAGGCCAUCGGCAUGGACCUCUGCCCCGCCCUUGGCAUCGGAAUCCCCGUUGGCAAGGACUCUAUGUCGAUGUCGAUGAAGUGGAAGGAAGGCGCAGAACAGCGCGAAGUCAGCGCACCGUUGUCGCUCAUCGCGACCGCUUUCGCUGCGGUCGAAGACGUCUCCGACACAUGGACCCCACAGUUGCGCACGGACAUCAACGAGCCUACCAUUCUGGCCUACUUCGAUUUGGCUCAUGGCCGGCAGCGCCUUGGUGGUUCUGCUCUUGCUCAGGUGUUCAAGGAGAUCGGCUCCGAGGCACCCGAUGUCGAGGACGCGGCCCGUCUCAAGGCGUUCCUCACUACCUGCCAGUCUGUCAAGACUGAAAAGCCCGAUCUUGUUCUUGCUUACCACGAUAGGUCCGACGGCGGGCUUUUCACUACUGUUGUGGAGAUGGCCUUUGCUGGACGUACGGGCGUUGAGAUUUCGCUCGACAAGGCUCUUUCCGACGGACAAAACUGCGUGCCCCUGCUUUUCAACGAGGAGCUCGGAGCUGUCGUGCAAAUUCGCGAAAGCGACUUCGGAGCUCUCAGGACCCACUUCGGUCAGGCUGGCUUCCGCGAAUCCGCUAUCUACCCCAUCGGACGGGUCUCGCACGAUCGCACAAACCAGAUCAUCACAAUCAGCUACAAUUCGGACGUCCUCUUCAGCAGCACUCGCGCGGCACUGCAGGAAGCCUGGGCCGAGACCUCGUACAAGAUGCAGUCGCUCCGCGACGACCCUCAAUGUGCUGAGAAAGAAUUCGCCCUCAUCAAGGACGAAAAGCACACCGGCCUCUUCUUCGACCUCACUUUCAGGCCCGAGCCACUCCGCAGCCUCUUCAGCCGGCCCAGUGUAGCGAUCUUGCGCGAGCAGGGUGUCAACGGCCAGAUCGAGAUGGCGUGGGCCUUCACAGCGGCGGGCUUCGACGCCGUCGACGUGCACAUGUCCGAUAUCCUCAGCGGGCGCACCGACCUCGCGGACUUCCGGGGGCUCGCCGCGUGCGGCGGCUUCUCGUACGGCGACGUCCUCGGCGCGGGCAAGGGCUGGGCGAACUCGGUGCUCCUGAAUGCGCGCACGCGCACCCAGUUCGCGUCCUUCUUCGCGCGUGCCGACACGUUUGCGCUCGGCGUCUGCAACGGCUGCCAGCUCAUGAGCAACCUGCGCGAGGUCGUCCCCGGCGCGGACGCGUGGCCCGACCUCAAGCCGAACCGCUCCGGCCGCUUCGAGGGCCGCGUGUGCAUGGUCGAGGUCGUCCCCGGCGCGGUCACCGCCGCGUCCGUCUUUCUCCACGACAUGGCGGGCUCGAGGCUCCCCGUCGCCGUCGCGCACGGCGAAGGCCGUGUCUCGUUCCGCGAGGCGGGGCAGCGCGCACAGCUAGAGACGGCCGGCCUCGUCGCGGUGCGCUACGUCGACCCAGCCGGUGUACCGACGGAGGUCUACCCGCUGAACCCCAACGGCAGCCCCGGCGGCAUCACCGGCAUACAAACUCCCAACGGGCGGGUCCUUGCUCUCAUGCCUCACCCCGAGCGCGUAGUUACUUUGGAGAGCAACAGCUGGUACCCUGCAGAGAUGGCGGAGAGCUGGAAGGGCGUUGGCCCGUGGUUCAGGUUGUUCCAGAAUGCACGCCGAUGGUGCGGAAACUAGCGCAAGGAAUUGAAAAAAUAACAUGUAGUUAUUGCCUUACGGUCGUGUAUUAUUAUCCCCAAAAGUAGCAUUCCAAUGCGCAUACAUAUAGUUCUUCUAUGGGUCGUGGCGACAGUCAGUUACGAACGUCAUUGUUUCAUGGUGUCCAACAGUUUCCAGGAGCACUGAAUGCCAAAGGUACCUAUACGAAGCAAUGGGAAAGGUUUUGCAAGAAUAUCCUAAUCCUGGGAGAAAGGAUAAACGAUGGGAUUAGGCUAGAGAGUGUUAUGCUGUCCGAAUGCGACGCUUCUACGAUAAUGGAGUCCGUUGGGAGUUGAUUUGAUACAUGCGGCGAUGAUGGUGGCGAAGUCAUGCGUGCUCAGGAGGAUAAAUGAUGCAAUGGGUGAGGGGGUAUGGUAGAUGCUAACGUAGAUAGAAAAGAUAGGUAAGUAGACGUCGUUGAGCAGACGCCAGGGUAGCGUUCAGGUCACUCCCGCAAUUAACGCAUAAAACCCCCCUGCAUUUCGAGGGCAGGUUGGCUGUACUGCGCUGCAGGAGUAUCUUGGACCUUCUCCUCCGGUGUGCUGUUCUUGUCCGCGGCGGCCGUAGCGGCAGUCGGGUCGCCGAUACCGGCGCGAGUUCCCCAGCCGGUCUGCCACGAGUUAUAAAUAGACGAAAACAACGACUUCAAGAACGCAACGCACCUCGUGCAACGUGAGAAGAGCAUAGAUCUUCAUCACGGCAAAGUAGUAACCGAAGAGGAUGAAGGCAGGGAUGUAGAUAAUGUCCUGCGGGCGAUACCACAGGUGUGGCAGCAAUUUGGCUGACCGUGUCGCCAACAGCCAUACGAAAUAGGACACUAUCACGUUCCUAAGGCCAAGUAAGCAUA